AAUUUGCUGGGUGACCCAGAAAAGUUGACGAACGACAAGAAAAAGAGAGAAGAUGAAAGCCAUACCGAGAUGUGCUAUCGGAAUGAGGAGGAAGAGGAGAAUCUUGAAUUUGACGAAAAUCCUCCGACACGAGAUCCAAAUUUGCUGCCUCCGUCCGUACCGGAAAUGGAGAUCAAGGGCAACAAUUCCAUUCUGGUCUCAUGGCGUGCUGUGGUACGAGAAAAAUAUCCGAUCGAUUAUUUCUUCGUAGAAUAUUACCAAUACAACCGCUGUGAGUUCUGCUCUAAAUGCUGUACGUGGGUCAACAAUGAGCCUAAGAAUAAAUCAUCGAAUGAAUCUUAUCACGAGGAGCUGAUCAAUAUUCUCGAGCCAAAUUUUGAUUAUAAGUGAGUAAAAAAAUGAAAU